CAAGUCGCAUGGAGUCCGGGUCUGAGCUGCGUAGACACUAAAGGCAAGUUUGAGCUCUACUAAACAGCGCACCGGACGGACGCAGCUGGCCGUCAUGGCCCGUGGCGGAUCAGGCGGCAGACACUUCGGCGAGUGCGUCCUCACCGUUCGGGCAGAGUGUGGAAGGGGGAAAGUGGGCUCUGCGAUCACCCUGCCGCCGCUUUCUUCAACGCGCUGCAGACGGUGUUGAGUUAAAGCGGAGGAGCUCCGUUGUGAAGCACAAAAAAAGUGGUGGACAGCGGUGCGGACGGACGCGCAGCCACAACCGGGGGGACCCAUGCAGGGAAAUAUGCUGUUCCGUAGACUCACCGGGUUCACGCUGCUGAUCGGAACCGACUCGCACCAGCGUUACCGAACGGACCUUUACGCACGGUCAUACAGCAGGACCGCAUGAAGGACAGAGGCUCAAAGAAAGGGGAAAAGUUGAACGCGGUAGCGGGGUGUGUAAUGGAUAAAGGCUCGCCAAAGGUCUCUGGAUCCAAAUGUCACCCCCCUUGGACUCUGCCCUGGUCGGGGACCAGCAGUGUGUGACAGACAGGGGAGUGGAGCCUGUGGUGGCUCUCAACUGCGUGGCUUCAAAUUGGCCCUGGCUGAGCUCUGCAUGGAGCAACUAGUGAAGAGUCCUGCUAUGGUCUGAUGUCUCAGCAUGGAUGGAGUCAGUCAGAGGACUGGCCACCACUAAUGAGACCAUCGCUCUUCAGCUGAGGACUAGCAUUUACAGGAUUACUCCCACGGUUUCCUGCUCUUUUCCCAGCUAACUGCAUCAUUACCAAACACUCCUAGUUGGACUUUUCGUGGGUCUGGUUUUUGGUGGAUAUAUACGUCAUUGCCUUUCUGAUUUACAUAUUUGGUUCAUUUUAUUCAAGUUAUUUUUUAUUGUGGGUUUCCCUUUUCCUGUUUUGUUUUUCCACUAUGGAGUUUCUGGCUGGACCCUGGAAUAAAGAUUGGGCUUCAUUCUUGCAAUUUUGGUUGACUGUCAUCCUAAGCCUCCAAAUGCAAUUCAGCCCGGGUGCCUCUUGCCCGGAAGAGUGUCGUUGUGACAACCAGUUUGUGUACUGCAAUGAACGCAGCCUGACAUCAGUGCCUCUGGGGAUACAGGAGGGUUUCAAGAUCCUAUACCUACACAACAACCAGAUAAACAAUGCUGGCUUCCCUGUGGAACUUCACAAUCUGGCCUCCGUAGAGACUGUGUAUCUCUACGGUAACCAACUGGACGAGUUCCCCGUCAAUCUGCCCAAAAACACCAGGGUCCUGCAUCUCCAGGAGAACAAUAUCCAAACGAUCUCCAGGGCAGCCCUGGCCCAGCUGACUCGACUAGAGGAGCUGCACCUUGAUGAUAACUCCAUCUCCACAGUGGGGGUGGAAGAAGGGGCCUUUAGGGAGGCAGUAAGCCUCAAACUCCUCUUCCUCACCAAGAACCACUUAAGCAGCGUUCCCAUUGGCCUUCCUGAAGACCUGAAAGAGCUGCGGUUGGACGAGAACCGCAUUGCUGUCAUUGCAGAGGAGGCCUUUCAGAAUGUGACUCGUCUUCAGCGCCUCCUGCUGGAUGGGAACCUGCUGACGGACGAGGGCAUUGCGCCAGGAACCUUCCAUGAGCUGGUUAACCUCCGUGAGCUGGCCCUGGCCCGCAACUCGCUCACCUUCCCCCCUCCCCUCCUACCCAGCCAGUCACUGGUCAAACUCAGCCUGCAGGAGAACCAGAUCAACCAGAUCCCUGUGGCAGCCUUCGCUCUCCUAAAUAGGCUUGAAAAACUGGAUAUCUCCAGCAACCAGCUUCAGACUCUUACACAGGGUGUGUUUGAUGGCCUGUCAAGCCUAAAACAUCUCAUGGUGCGAAAUAACCCCUGGCGUUGUGACUGUUCUGUGAAAUGGGUGGUGGUGUGGCUGAAGUCUUUGCCUUCCACCAUCAACGCCCGGGGGUUUGUGUGCCUGAGUCCAGACAACGUGCGUGGCAUGGCAAUCAGAGAGCUCACCCUGGAUAUUAUAGAGUGCCCAGUUGAUGCUGACCAACCUCCCUGGCCCACCCUCCGCUCCACACCCCCUCCCCCACCCACAACCACCCCUGUUACCACCAUGAUCUCCACCCUCAUCACCACAUCCAUCCCUUACUACUUUGACUCACCCUCCCCUCCCUUACCUCCGAUCCAUAACAACCCCUCUGGGGCCCUGCCUCCUUAUGAGGAUCCCCUUCAGAUCUCCUUCCAUGUGGUCAACUCCACCAGUAUCGAAGUGAGCUGGGCUUCCUAUUUCACCGUCACAGCCUACAAGGUCACGUGGGUCAAAAGGGGCCAAAGCCAAAUAAACGAGGGAAUGCGGGAGAGGACGGUGAGCGGGGAGCGGCGGCAAAUUAGUCUCACCAACCUGGAGCCUCGGUCUGUGUAUCGGAUCUGCGUGCAUGUGCUGGACACCCUUAACUCCUACAGGCCUGGAGAGGAUACUAUAUGCUCUGAGGCCAGGACCAAGCCUGCCAUGUCUACUAAGCCUCCCGGUAGAGAGCAAGCUCCACAGGAAAGCAUCAACUCCACGCUGCUAAUGGCUGGGAUCAUAGGCGGGGCGGUGCUUAUCAUCCUGGUAACACUGCUCAGCCUGUUCUGCUGGCACAUGCACAGAAAGAGCCGGUCAUCUUCGACCAAGUGGAAAUACAACCGGGGCAGGAGAAAAGACGACUACUGCGAGGCUGGAACCAAGAAGGAUAACUCCAUUCUGGAGAUGACUGAGACCAGUUUCCAGAUAGUGGCGCUGAACAAUGAGCAGCUGCUCAAGGGAGAUUUCCGCAUUCAGCCCAUCUACACACCCAAUGGGGGCAUUGGAUUUAGAGACUGUCACCUGAGUAACAACAGCAUAGCCUACUGCAAGAGCAGCAACGUGCCCAGUACAGAGUUCUGCCACACGUGAUGCCGCAGCAAAUAGUACAGCGACAUUCACACAUGCGCACACAUACCAGAAACACUUAACAAUACACGCAUAAAUAUACACACAUACACCAUUUGUGUAGACAACAAAAAACAUAAAAAUUCUAGUGAAAUAUAACUGUACUAUAUAUAUUUCCAAGUUCUGUCUACGAUGUAAUUUAUACUGUGGAUAAUAAUGUGGGAUUCUCUGCUAUCUUUUUUAUUCUUAGAAAAAGAGAUACAAGUGUUUCUUUUUUUAUAACCAGCAGGGUUUUGAAAGUUGUUUUAAUGGUCAGUACUGUACAUGAACAUGGAUUUGUACAAUCACGGCACCCUGGGUGUAGCUUCUGACGAACGCUGUCUGCCUUGGAAAUGUUGGGGGGCUUAGAGGGCUGGGAUCCUUUGCUAACCACAGAAGCAAAACAUGGCCUUUUUGUGCUUUGAAACACUGCACACCCUCCCCAGUACAACAGAACAGUGGUAAAGACAACACAGCAUAGAGGAAAUCCAAACACUGCUGAUUAGAGCGCUGUGGAAAUAUAGCACCGGUUCACCGGUGGCAUGUUGUAAAAAAAGAAUUGAAGUGCACUUUCUUAUUAAUGGAAGCAAGGCAGGAAAUGAGCAGAGGCUGUGAUCCCAUGUACAUGGUUGUGUAGGGAGAAUGUCAUCAGUGCUGUUGAAAAGCCUGGACUGAGAUUUCCUAAAAGUGCCUUAACACUAAAAGCAUCUUUGUGCUGUUGGUUCACAGUAGAACAAAGGUGGGCUUAGUCAGGAGACACUUUUUUGGAAAACUCUGAAAAGGGACGUGUCAUUUUCAGCACAUCUGUUAGGUUUUUUUUUGUGUGAGGAGGUGCAAAACAUGAGUUUAAAAAGCAACAAAGGAUAAUUGUCCCUAAUGAGGUGCAUGGGUGUGCUGAGCCUCGCAGAUCCUUUUUGAAGAAAUUCCCUAAUUUGUUCUGCUUCUUUUUUCCCCGGUUUUGGCAAGUGAGACCACAAGGGGGCAGUUUCCCUCAGCAUCGUAUGUGGGAUAGAGGAACAGAGGGCAAGACAGACAGACAAACAGACAGACAGACAGACAGAAAGAACAAAAAAGCUGCAUAGAUCACUUUACCUCCGCCAUUCCCCCGGAGUCCAUUACUCAGACGACAUUACUCAUGCUCAAACAGCACUGUUUGGAGUAUUAUUGCUCAUCGAGCUACUUAAUGAUGUGGAAUCAUUUAAAACUAACAAUGUUUUCUGUGUUUGGUGGCUAAAUGAUAUGGAUUUUCACCGCUGUGGUCUAUCAUGGGGGGACGACCUCGGUUCCUCCCUGUGUGUGUGUGUGUGUGUGUGUGUGUGUGUGUGUGUGUGUGUGUGUGUGUGUGCGCGUGUGCGUGUGUGUAGAGAGCGUGAUGAAUUUGGAGAAAAGCACACACAUGACCCUAAUUAUACACCCACUUAUUUCAACCCUGUCCCAGCGUUCAUUAGGCUUUUUGAUAAAUUAGGAAAUUACAACAAUAAGAUCACACUCCGCCCAUGAUCCUCACAAUGUUGUGACUGAGCAGCUCAUCUAGCGUCUCAUCAUUUACCCCUUUUGUGCGCACUUAUGAGACUGUCUUCUUCAUUUAUGGUUUGCUCACCUGAACAAUGCACCUGCUCACUCCACAACAUUAGUUUCCGCAAGAAUGAUUCUCACCCAGACUAAUCUAAUUUUCUGUCCCUCGCUCCUUCGUCUGUCUCGCUGGCAUUUUGUCUCCCUGUCUGUCGCUACACCUCUGAUCCUUGCAUGGGCUCAAUUAAAACAGUUUUCCUGCCCUCCAGGAGCCCAGGCUGUGGUGGCAGCUCUUUGCAUGUGAGGUGCCAGUGAGAGGUCUUCAUUAUGCACUUGUUAAAGGAGACUUUAUUUGAUUUGACAAGAUUUUAUUUUGAGGGGCCAAGCUUAAAGAAUUCCCACCGCCGCCCUUUCCCCCUUUCUUCAUAAUCCUCAACCAAAAAAGGGAGAAAAAUAUGUAGACCUUAUUUUCACUUGGCUGCGUGGAGCUCACGCUGGGAGAGAGUGUGUUAACUCUUUGUGAGGCGCACAUAUUUACAGCUACUCUACAACACAAACUGGACCGAACGUUUAAAGUCAAAUUGUUUUUUAAGGGCUUGUACUAGAGUUAUUCCGGUUUCGCGAGAUUAUCUCUGAGAGGAUUUGCCUCAGCUGAUGGAAGAUCUCAAAGUAGGCACAGUUACUGUAAUUCCAGCAAUAGCUCACAUCACGAUCACACUGUCGACUACUUAAAUUUACCACCAGUUAAGCUAAGCUAACUGGCGUUAGCUUCAUUACCAUAAAGAGUGGUAUCAAUCUCGCAUAGCAACAAAAUGUAUUAAUUGAAAUGAUCUCGACUCCCUGGCAGAUGAAGUAAACUUAAAGUAAAAUAAGAUUUUAAGACUCAGUACUUCAAUACAUGCCUUGUUUAGAUCAAGAUUUUUGAAUGCUGGGUUUCUUAUUACCAAGAUCUUCUGUGGUUAUCAAAGCAUCUCCACUUUUUAUUUUAACCUUUUUCUACUAAUAUCCACGGCGGACCAUAAACACUUGAACAUUUUCAUCAGAUAUUGUUUCGAUUACUCUUUGUUAUAGAUGGAAGUCCUAUUUUAAGUCACAUGCCGAUCAAACGAGGGGGAGGUCAAACUGUUGCAACAUAUAGUAUCUCCCCUGUCUGUGAAUGUGUAACAGAGGAGAGAUAUUUGCCUUACCUUUCAUGCAGGACUGAAUGAUUAGCUAGAGAGAGAGAAAGAGAGAGAGUAAAGUGGGAGGAAAAAAGAAAGUGAGAGAAGAAAAGAUUAGACAUAAAAAGACGGCAACUAGAAUGCUGAGCAGAAAGCACAUUUCUCCAACAGAUCGCAGCCACGGUGGCAACAGCAACAGUUUAGAACAACACUAAGCGUGACACACACUAGCUAAGGAGAGACUGUUCAUCCAUAGUGCCAGACCUUAAGUGGUGCAUGGCUAAUGCUUCAGCCACACGGGGAAGGAGCUUUGGUGGAUGUUUUGCAGCGUACAUUACUCUUAAUGUUCUACUUGCUUGAUGAAAGAACGCAACUGCAGUGCCGUGACCAAUGGAAUUACACAAAACGCAUUACGGACUGCUAGGGUUGCAUUAUUACUGUGUCAGGGUGCCGAGAAGUAAUUUCCCUUAAAGCUCAUUGAAUUACGUUGAAAUAAUUAUGUUUAAUCUCGGAGAGGUCAAAUCAGACAAAACACAGGAGUGGUUGAAACAGAAUACAUUUAAAGUCAUCUUUUCUUCCUGUAGGCUGCAAAUAUAUUAGCCAGUGACAUUCAUUCAAGGAUUUUUGCAUGUACUGUAUUUAGCUUCAUAGCCUUUCAUUUUUGUCAUACCAGGGUUUGGAUUGUCAAGUAUUUCUUCAAGCAAUCAGCCAGGUGGCGGUUGAGGUACAGUAUGAGCAAGGACACAGAAUGGUUCUCAUGUGGUUUAAAGAAAGAAGGCGGGAAAUUUACAGUGCAUGUAAAACGGUUAUGAUGGGAUGCUUCUCACCAAGACGCUGCAGUGUUAUGUUGGCCAUCCACACUAAGUUUUCUUAGGAACCAAAGUUAAAUUUCUGUUCUCAUGAUGAAAUAUUGAUGUUGUUCCAUGUAUGUGCCUUGAGGUUGAACUUACAAUGUAAAGUCCUUGAAACCUUUAAAUGUUUUUGCACAAACUGUAAAUACUUAAGUGAAGCUUUUUGAAAAUAAAAGAGCCAUUGGAUUUGA